AUGGCUUCUCAAGAUUCUUUAAUUCUUGGUAACGAAUCAAGACCUCCUGUUCUUUAUCGUGACUGUUACCCACUCUGGAAAAAUAGAUUCUUGAACUGGAUUAAGAAACAACCUCUAGGAACUAAUAUUCUUGCUUCAAUCAACGAUGGUCCAGUUGAACACACCAAUCCAGUCACCAAAGAACCUCUUCCCCCUGAGAGUUGGAAUACUACCCAAAGAAACAGAACUCAAGGUGAUAAUCUUGCUCUACAUCAUCUCUACAUGGCACUCCCAUAUGAUAUCUACGGUAAUGUAGACUCAUAUGACACUGCAAAGGACAUCUGGGAUGAAUUAGAAAGACAACUUCAAGGAUCUGAUCUCUCAUCCACCAUUCGUCUCUCCAAUGUUCUUCAUCUCUAUGAAACUUUCAAACAAGAAAAGGGUGAAUCUCUUCUAGAUGCCUACACCCGUUUCUGCACUGUCAUUAAUGCUUUAAGAAAAGAGAAGAUUAAGAAGACUGAAAUGGAAUUGAAAAUCAAAUUCUUGAACUACCUUGAUCCAGUUUGGCAUGAGUAUGGUGCUCUACUGAACCAACAUUCUAAUUUGAAGGAUCUUACCAUUCAUACUCUGUAUGAGAAGUUGAAGCUCAAUGUUCGUGAUGUCAAGGCAAAACAAGCCUCCUCUUGUGAACAACACAUUUCAGAUCCUCUUGCUUUGGUUGCUAACAGAAUGACUCAUCCCCUCUUCAAUUCCAAUGCAGCUAAUAUCAUUCCAAAUCUUGAUUCUUGUAAUAUCAAUGCCUCUGAGUUGGAUGACAAAGAACAACAAAUGUAUAAUGAUUUGGCAUGUUUCACCCGAUCUUUCAAGACAAAGUAUUUCAACAAGAAACCUACAAAUAAUCAAUUUCGUACAUCAUCAGUGUCCUCUUAUGCUCGUAACAAUCAAUCUCCCAAGUUUCACACCCCGUCUGAGAAUGCUGGACCUGAAAAGAAAUUUGAUGCUCCAAAGUCAUUUGAGAAGAAGAUUCUAGAAAAGAAGCCUGAAGACAAGAGAUGUUACAACUGUGGUCAAACCGGACAUUUUGCUAUCCAUUGUCCCAAACCAAAGAAGAAGAACUCUACUUAUUAUCAGAAUAAACUCUUGCUUGUUAAGCAACAAGAAAGUGGAGUUGCACUUCUUGUAGAGGACGAUCAGUGGUUGCAUCUGUCAGAUGAAGAAACCGAGGAACUGGCUGCAAAUGUUUGCUUCAUGACCAAAAUCAAACGAUCCAAAGAGCUUGAAGAAGAAGGUAACAGUUCAGAAUCUGAUGAUGAUGAGGUAUGCCAUAUUCCUAAAUGUGAUCUUGCUCAUUUAGUAAACAAUUGUGAACAAACUGAUUUUACAAAUGUCUCAUUGAAAGAAGAAGUUGCAAAAUUAACCUAUGCUUUACAAGAAAAGGAAAACUCUUUAACUAAAGUCAAACAAGAUUUUAACACUCUUCAAAAGGAUUUUAAAGAAUUAACAACCAGUAAUGCAUCGGUUUCUUUCCAAUCAAGAACUUGGGCUCAAAGUAUUUGA